UCCUCCCUCCCCACCACCUCGCUCUCCCAGUCUUCCGCCCUGUUGGGGACAGGACCCGCCCCCGCGUCCCGCUGGACCCUCCCCAGGGGUCACGUCCCUCUCUAGGUUUCGGUUUCCUUGCUGUCAAUUGGGCAGUGUGCACGGCAGGCUCAGAUCGCAGCCUCGGCUCUUCACGGUCACGCGGCCGGGCGCCCCCCUGCUCGCCCAGCGCAACCUGCGAGCCAGCGCCAAGGACAAUCCACGGCUUGUCUCGCAGCCGCCGGCAAUCUCGAGUUUUCUGUGGCCUCAGGUUACGCCUUUUUUCCAGGGCGGAGCUCCAGCCCAGCUCCUCCUAGCUUCGGGCCUCUCAGCCUCCCGGGUUCCCUCUACCGAGAACUUUCUCCAGAGCUGGGGUCCAGACGCACAGCCCAGCCGGGUCUGGACCUUUGGGCCGCCCGGCUUGCACCCUGCCAUGGCCUCGGGACCCUGGCUUCUGCUCCAGCCCGGGCUUCUGCUCCUGCUCCUUCUGCCUCUGCCUCCAGCGACCUGUGCCUCCGAACAGCCCCGGGCCAGCAACCCGGUCAACCCAGAGAAACUGCUGGUGAUCACCGUGGCCACAGCCGAGACAGAGGGAUACCGCAGGUUUCUGCAGACUGCGGAAUUCUUCAACUACACUGUGCGGACCCUGGGUCUGGGCAAGGAGUGGCGAGGUGGUGAUGUGGCUCGGACAGUUGGUGGAGGACAGAAGGUCAGGUGGCUCAAGAAGGAAAUGGAGAAAUAUGCAGACCAGGAGGACAUGAUCAUCAUGUUUGUAGACAGCUAUGAUGUGAUUCUGGCCGGCAGCCCCACGGAGCUGCUGAAGAAGUUUGUCCAGAGCAGCAGCCGCCUGCUUUUCUCUGCAGAGGGCUUCUGCUGGCCCGACUGGGGGCUGGCAGAGCAGUACCCUGAGGUGGGCACGGGGAAGCGCUUCCUCAACUCUGGUGGGUUCAUUGGCUUCGCUCCCACCAUCCACCAAAUUGUCCACCAGUGGAAGUACAAGGAUGAUGACGAUGACCAACUGUUCUAUACGCGACUCUACCUGGAUCCAGGGCUCAGGGAGAAAUUCAGCCUUAAUCUGGAUCAUAAAUCCCGGAUCUUCCAGAACCUCAAUGGGGCUUUAGAUGAGGUGGUUUUAAAGUUUGACCGGAAUCGGGUGCGCAUCCGGAACGUGGCCUACGACACACUCCCUGUUGUGGUCCAUGGAAACGGCCCCACCAAGCUCCAGCUCAACUACCUGGGCAACUAUGUCCCCAAUGGCUGGACUCCCCAGGGAGGCUGCGGCUUCUGCAACCGGGACCAGAGGACACUCCCGGGGGGGCAGCCUCCCCCCCGGGUGCUGCUGGCCGUGUUUGUGGAACAGCCUACCCCGUUUCUGCCCCGCUUCCUGCAGCGCCUGCUGCUCCUGGACUACCCCCCGGACAGGGUCACCCUCUUCCUGCACAACAGUGAGGUAUACCACGAGCCUCACAUCGCAGACUCCUGGCCACAGCUCCAGGACCACUUCGAAUCUGUGAAGCUGGUGGGGCCAGAGGAGGACCUGAGCCCAGGCGAGGCGAGGGACAUGGCCAUGGACACCUGUCGGCAGGACCCAGAGUGUGAAUUCUACUUCAGCCUGGAUGCUGAUGCUGUCCUCACCAACCAGCAGACCCUGCGCAUCCUCAUCGAGCAGAACAGGAAGGUGAUCGCGCCCAUGUUGUCGCGCCAUGGCAAGCUGUGGUCCAACUUCUGGGGGGCCCUGAGCCCUGACGAGUACUACGCCCGCUCCGAGGACUACGUGGAGCUGGUGCAACGGAAGCGGCUGGGCGUGUGGAACGUGCCCUACAUAUCCCAGGCCUACCUGAUCCAAGGGGAGACCCUGAGGACGGAGCUGCCCCAGAGGGAGGUGUUCUCGAGCAGCGACAUGGACCCAGACAUGGCCUUCUGCAUGAACCUGCGGGACAGGGGCAUCUUCCUGCACCUCAGCAAUCAGCAGGAGUUUGGCCGGCUCCUGGCCACGUCCCGGUAUGACACGGACCACCUGCACCCCGACCUCUGGCAAAUCUUUGACAACCCUGUGGACUGGAAGGAGCAGUACAUUCACGAGAACUACAGCCAGGCCUUGGAUGGGAAGGAUCUAGUGGAGCAGCCCUGUCCAGAUGUGUACUGGUUCCCACUGCUGUCAGAACAGAUGUGUGAUGAGCUGGUGGAGGAAAUGGAGAACUACGGCCAGUGGUCAGGCGGUCGGCAUGAGGACUCGCGGCUGGCUGGGGGGUACGAGAACGUGCCCACUGUGGACAUCCACAUGAAGCAGGUGGGCUAUGAGGACCAGUGGCUGCAGCUUCUGAGGACAUACGUGGGGCCCAUGACGGAGCACCUGUUUCCUGGCUACCACACCAAGACCAGGGCAGUGAUGAACUUUGUGGUCCGCUACCGGCCAGACGAACAACCCUCACUGCGGCCACAUCACGACUCGUCUACCUUCACCCUCAACGUGGCCCUCAACCACAAGGGCCUGGAUUAUGAGGGAGGGGGCUGCCGUUUCCUGCGCUACAACUGCAUCAUCUCGUCCCCGAGGAAGGGCUGGGGGCUCCUGCACCCCGGCCGCCUCACCCACUACCACGAGGGGCUGCCCACAACUCGGGGGACUCGCUACAUCAUGGUGUCCUUUGUGGAUCCCUGACACUCAACCACUCUGCCAAGCCUUCACUGCCAUUGUGCCUUCUUGGGGGGCCUGGCCCCCAUCCUUGGAGACGGGUGUCUGCCUAUAGCCUUGCUUCCUGAGUGUGUCCCAGUGCCCAGGACUGAAUGUGUCCCCUUGCCACAUCCACGGCCUCUAAGGAAGCUGCAGGAGCCCCUGCCCUUCCUGCUGCCCCCAGGGGUUCAUGGUGCUGGGCUUCUGGGGGCUCUCCCGUGAUAAAUUAUUAAGGUUCCUCAGCCUCCCUCUAGUAAAGGAAGGUUUGUAACUCUUGA